UGCAGGCAGGAGAGGUGCAGGCAGGGAUGCAGGUAGAGAUGCAGGCAGGGAUGCAGGCAGGGAUGCAGGCAGGGAUGCAGGCAGGGAUGCAGGUAGGGAUGCAGGCAGGGCUGGUGUAGGCAAGGAUGAUACAUGCAGGGAUGCGAGCAGGAGCGCUGUCAGGGCUGGAGCAAGCAGCGGUGUAGUCAGGGCUGGGGCAGGCAGGGCUAAAAGCAGCGGCGCAAGCAGAGGGGCGGGAAGGGGCGCAGGCAGGACUCACAGACAGGACUGCGGGGCAGACAGGGGAGCAGGGCGUACGGGCAGGGGAGCAGGGGGUACGGGCAGGGCUGGUGCAGGCAGGGCUGGGGCAGCCCCUGUCCCCACGUGACGCCCGCGCCGCGCGGGGGCGGCUCCGGUUCAUUCAUAAAUCCCGGGGCCGCCCCGCCGCACCGAGCGCAGCGGCGGCGAUGGAGCCCCGGUCUCGGUUGUAGGACACGCUCGGGCCGGGACGGACCAUGAGCGAUGACCCAACACCCUGGGACAACGCGACCGAGAGCGCCACGGCGGUGCCCGGCGAGGUGUCCCCUCAGGAUGGGUACGUGCUGCUCCUCGCCCUGCUCUCCAUCUUCAUCGGGGGCACCCUGGUCCUGCUCUCGGGCAUCCUGAUCAUCUGCCGCCGCUGCUGCGAGGCCGACCGCCGGCACUCCAGAGCCAGCGAUGACCCCGAGAAAACCAACACCACUUACCUGGAUGACUCGCAGCAGGCGCAGGAUAUCACAGGCAAAGCGGAGGACCCCGAGUGCCUGUCGUCCUCCAGCUACCGGGAUGCAGAGAGUGAGAGGUUCCUGUCCUCCAGCUCCUCCACCGCCCGGCGCGUCUCCUUCAACGAGGCCGCGCUCUUUGACCAGGGCAAGAAGACCCAGGAGAAGGGGAGGAGGUACACACUGACAGAGGGGGAUUUCCACCACCUGAAGAACGCCCGCCUGACUCACCUGCACCUGCCGCCGCCUGCCCUCAAGAUUGUCACCAUCCACGAGUGUGAGUCCAGCGAGAACAGCCUGGCCAUGACCCCCCGCCUGCCCCCACCCAAGCCUGGUCUCGCCAUCUUCCAGCCCCCCGCGGGAGCCCUGCCCCGGCCAGUGCUCCCCAGCCAUGCCGUGGGCCCCAGCUCUGCCCUGCCCGGGGACACCUACAACUCCACCGUGGACACCAGCUUCACGGAGGCCAGCCCGUCCGCCUCCUCCGACUCCGGGGAGGGGCCUUCGUUCACAGCAACACCCAGGAGCGGGAAGGCGGCUGGGGGAGGCAGUGCCGGCCCCGGGGAGCCCCCCCCGACCCCCCCCCAGGGCACGGUCCUGCAGUUCUUCACCCGCCUGCGCCGCCACGCCAGCCUGGACGGGGCCAGCCCCUACUUCAGGAUCAAGAAGUGGAAGCUGGAGAGCACCCAACGGGCGUCCAGCCUGGACACCAGAGGAUCCCCCAAGCGUCGGCAGUUUCAGAGGCAGCGGGCGGCCAGCGAGAGCAUGGAUCAGGAGGACCGGGACCCGCACCAGACCGACAUCAUCCAGUACAUUGCCCACACGGACGACGUGUCCUUCCACCCCGCGGGGGGCCCCUUCCUGCCCUCCCCCGCCAGCCCCCCACCCUCUCUCGGCAGGCUAGAGCCAGGCGAGGGGGGCGCGGGCAGCCCCGGCGAGCCCAGCGUGCCCGAGCAGCCCAGCGCCUACCACGACAUCUGGAGCCUGCGCGCCUCGCUGGAGCUGUACGCGGCCUCGGAGCGCAGCAACGACCAGGACUCGGUGCGCAGCGACGGAGGGGACAGCGUGUCCUCCGCCAGCGGCGUGCCCCCCUGCCCUUCCCCUUCCCUGGAUGAGCCCGAAGGCCCCGAGGAGAAGUUCUGGGGUCGGCCCAAGGCGGAGGAGUCGGAGCCCGGCACACGCAAGCUGCUGCAGAUGGACAGCGGCUACGCCUCCAUCGAGGCGCCCAGCCGGGGGGGCGAGGAGGGCCCCCCCAAGGACCAGACAGCCUCCGAGAAGCGCAUUUGCUUCACCAGCGCCGGGCGGAAAGGAACCAUCUUCGAGAGCUUCGAGGGCCGGGAGCCGGAGGAGGAGGAGGAUGAGGAAGAGGAGGAGGGCGGGAGCACCACCCUGGGCGCAGCGGGUGGGGGGGGACACCUCCGUCCCCACAGCCCCCUGGCCUGGUCCCCGUACGGGCAGAUGUUCCCGGGCCGGGAGGGGCUGCCCCGGCGGGACUACAGCAUCGACGAGAAGACGGACGCGCUGUUCAACGCCUUCGUGCGCCACGACCCCCAGUUCGACGAGUCCCCGCUGCGGGGCAAGCACCGCUCCCGCACCCACCUGCGCAAGCAGUGGCAGCACACGAAGCAGUUCAGCGACCCCGGCGUGCGGUACCCGGCGCUGGAGCGGCACCGGACGCCCCUGCGCCGCGGCGACAGCGCCAAUUACCCGCUGGACUCGCGGUUCCACAGCCCCCUGCCCCGCAUCGUCAGCGCCGGCGACGAGGAGGCAGCAGAGGCGUCCGAUGGGGUCCCCCCAGCCCCGGCGCUGCCUGACCCCGAGAUCCAGGUGAUCGUGGAGGAGCCCGGAGAGGCGGCCCCCGAGCCCAAGGCUGGCUCUGAGCCCCCUGAGGACGAUGACUGCCCCGGCCCCGGGAGGUGCUUGGGGCUGGGCUCCGGCUCGGAGCUGAUGGACAAGAUCGCGGGCGGCCUGGAGGAGCGGCUCUACGGGCACCUGAGGAAAGCGGCCGAGAGAGAGAUCCCCGAGUGCACGGUGGCCGUGGCUGCCAGUGAUGCCUCCCCCGACCACAGCACGGUCUAGGCCCAGCAUGAGGGGGAGAGACGCCGGCACAGGGUUCAGGGCUUCAUCCCCUCCUGCUGCCGGCACCGGGUGCGGGAAGGGGGUCCCGGCCCAGGCCAGGAGGGCACGUGGGGACCCCUGGCUGUAACCUCAGCACGGGGGUCCGGUAGCGUGGGGUGGCCGAGCCCCCCGGCUCCCGGGAGCGAGGGCCUGGGCUGGGGGAGCCCCGGGGGUCGGGGCACGGUGGAGAAGCCCCGGGGGUCAGCGCUGAGGGACUUUGCUGAAGCCCCCGGCGCACCUUGGCUCUCCCCUCUCUCCGAGGUUUUACAAGCAAUAAGCCUCUCAUCCGGCCGGGAAUGUCCCCGCCAGGAAGGGGCCGGAGCUGGGUGUCCCCAGUGGUGCCACCCUGGCCAGGGGGCGGUUUGGGGAGGGGCAGUCACCUCCUCAAUGCCAAACCCCCUCCCCACAAGGUCUGCAGGGAGCCUGGGAUCUAAACUGGAAGCAGGGGGAUGCUAGAGGGGCUCAAGCUCCUCCUGGGGGGCCCCCAGAGUGGCAGCCCAAGGGUUUGGGGGGGAAGGAUCGGCCCCGGGGACCCCAAAAAUGCCCCCCGGAGGGGUGAGGGUGCCCAGUGCUGCCCUUGGUGCUGCCCCCCGGCCCAGGGGACAGGGUGAGAGCAGAGAGGGGCAUCCCCAGCAUGGGCUGUGGGUGACCCCCAGUGCCCUCCAGGAGCUCAGUGGGGGCUCAAGGAUAUUAAUUGAUUUUUACAGAGGCGGCUGCUGCU